AUACUUGUCUCCCUAGGAUUACACAUCACUUGUUAUACUUGUCUCCCUACCUCAAAGGUCAAGUUCAAACUUGAGACUUCAAAGAUGAUAUUUUGUCUGAAAAAAGCUUGUAUGUACUUUGUCAUUCAUCAGACUAUAUUAAGAUAAAUAACCACCAUGAGGAGACAGCAUUUUGUGUGUAAUAAGCAUCUGCCUUAAAGUUCAAUGUCAUACUUAUAGUUCUUAACUCAAAUUUGGCCCUGAAACAGCUUGAAAAUUCAUGUCUCAACUUUAUCUUUGCCAUAUAAUGAUUGAUUUUAAAAUAAAUUGUCACAAUUGCUAUUCAUCGUAAGGCAAUGUGUUGCAAGUUACCCUCUUGUGAUUGCUUAUGUAUGACAUAAGCAGAGUUUUGAGUUAAAAUUUGAAUUUGGGGGCAUCCAUGCUCUAUUGUCAAUGCUCUGGAACAUUUAGGUGUAUCCUAUUGUUUUUUACUAAGUUCAGAUGUCUAUCUUGUCAAGUCAUCAACAGUUGGUGUUUGAGAACUCAGGUGUGUUCAAGUCUUUACAUACUGUCUACCUGAAGGAGGGCAUACCUGGUCUCUACAAGGGCAACUACUUCCAGAUGAUCCGGAUCAUGCCAUAUGGUGCAGUGAUGUACGCCUCAUAUGACCUGUUCAAAUCUUAUUUGCAACAGUUCACCCACCAUGUUCAUCCAAACUUUGUUCAUUUAACUUCUGGUUCAUUAGCAGGUAUGACAGCGGUGGUUCUCACAUACCCGCUGGAUGUGAUGCGGGCCCGGAUAGCAUUCCAGCUGAAGGGCCACCACAUCUACCACGGGGGCAUGAUUGACACAGUGCGCACCAUAUCCCAGCAGGAAGGGAUCCAGGCCCUGUACAGGGGAAUGUUCACAUCACUACUUGGGAUGGCACCCUAUGGAGGUUUGUCUUUCUGGGCAUUUGAAAGGUCCAAGACAUUACUGCUGGCCCGGUUCCCGCAGGUAUUUGGGAGCCCACACAAAGACAUUCAGCAGGGACUAAGUCUGUCAGUGCCUGCCAAGCUAAUGUGUGGCGCCAUGGCUGGCGCAGUGGCACAGACAGUGGUGUACCCUCUGGAUGUUGCUAGGAGAAAGCUGCAGCUGUCAACCAUGUUAUGUGAGCCACACAAAUAUGAAGGGAAGUCGUUGUGGCAGAUAUUGAAGACGGUUCACCAGGACCAUGGCUGGGUAAAGGGGCUGUUUAGGGGCAUCACAGUGAACUACUGGAGGGGCAUCCCGGCCACUGCUAUCUCCUUCACCGUGUUCGAGUCCAUGAAACAGAUCUUCGGGCUUGAUACUGGGGUCUCCAGAUAACAAAUGCUGUGGCCCACGUUUCGGAUGUCUUUUUUCAUUUGUUUAUGUUGCAAGCAUUUGUUUUAUGGUGCAUAUUUUUUUAUAUCUUCAAUAUUGUGUAUCUGAUUUGUUAACAUGUUAUAAGCUUAUGGUCUUCUCACCUGAGCAUUAAGUGCUCAAUAGUGAGCUUUUGUGGUCAGUCACUCUUCAGCUUAUUGUGUCAAUAUUCUGCUUUAAAAUAACUUGUCUGAAACCACUUGAUGGAGUGUAACCAUUUGGUGGAUCUUACCAAACGUGGCAGGAAUUACUUGUAUCCCUUUCAGUUUCAGUUCUUGUUUAGACACUAGAGUUGCCAAGAUAUUUCUGUUAAAAAUUUCCAACUUGAAUUGAGUUGGAGCAUAAAUUAUGCUUUCUUAUGUACAAUAUAUAGCUAUGAAAAUGUUGUCUUUAUGCGUCUAAAAAGGGCUGCACUGUCCAUCUGUACGCCCAUCUAAACAUUACUGUCUCAACCAUAAAUUUGCAUUGUAUUGAAAGAUUUUAAAAUAACAUCAUACAUAUUAACGUUGAUAAGAGGUUGUUGUAUUUACCAACAUAGCUUCCAUCUCAAAAGGCAUGCACAUGAAUUAGGCCCCGUUUUCGAAGAUCAAGGCUUAUAUGAUACAUGAUUUUAGAAAGGAAAAUAUCUCUGUAUUGAAAUUGUUAAAUGGCUUAGCCUUUAUAGAAGGUUUGAAGUUGCAACUUUCUAAUUAUAGAGAGUAUAAUAUUUUUAACUAUAGCUUUACUUUGCUGUUAAUCAGUUAAUUUUUUUUUAAAUUAUCAUACAUUUUUG